AUGGCAGAAACGACCCGACCCCUCCUGCUGCCCCAGAACCGCCGCCUCCGCCACCUGCGCGGCAUCUUCCUGCGCAACCUGAGCUUCGACCGCCCCAGGGGCAAGACGGCCGACGACUCGGCGGUUAAGCACUCGCCCGACAAGGUCGCCUCCCUCCGCGAGCAUGCCGGCCUGCACCACUCCGCCUCCACCGAGAGCCUGCGCCCGUCCACUGCCCGGAGGAGGAGCACAAACCUCGGCAGCGCGAGCCCCGUCACGCGCCAGAGGAGGCUCGAGCUCACGAUCGAGGGCCGGGUCGCCGACUCCUUCUUCACCCUGCAUGCCGAGGACGAGGACGAGCCUGUGUAUAUCAGCGAACUUGUCGAACGAUCGGUGAACUUUGAUUUCCGGUUCUUCGAGCUGUCCCAGGAUAUCUGCUCCCCAACCCUUCGGCUGCCCCAGGUGACGGUCAGGCUCUGGGCGAGGCGGCAUGGCACAUGGUCGCUGCACCUCGAAGAGCUCGUGGACCUGCGCGCCCUCAACUUCCUCGGAAGCACCAUCGGGACCCAUUUCCCGCCCAACUGCCUGGUCUUCCACCUCACCGAUGGCAUCUAUACCCUCGAGCUGCCUCAAAAGUCCUUCUCUCCGAGGCAGGGCCAGCCCCAGCCGACGUCCUCUUACAAUGCCCUCAUGCGCCUGUCCACCCUCGAGCGCUCCAUCCAAGAUGCGAUGGCCACUCAGGAGACACUCAAGCAGCAGAUCAACGACAUGAUCGCCGGUAAUCAUGACGAGCGGACCGAGCUCGAUCAGGCCGGGCAGAGGUUAAACUUGGUUCAGAAGUUUGUGUCUGCCGAGCAGAAGGCGGUCAAGAACUCGUCAGAUCAGGCCGAGAGGUUGCAGGCGUCCAUUGCCAGCCGUCGCGAGAAAAUGGCUCAGGGCAGGUCGCUUAUGGAGAAGACCGACCAAGACAUGGAGAGCGCGCUGGACAAGCUCUCUGCCGACAAGCAACGGUCCGCCAAGGUGACGGAUGACAUCCGCGGGCAGCGGCGCCGCAUCUGCGAGGACCUCAACACCAUAUUCAGGAUCGAGCCCGUGCCCAACGGGAAACCGCUGCAGUUCCAGAUCCUCGGCAUCGCCCUCCCCAACGCCGAGGACUACGGCAGCGCAGUGGUGAGCGGCGCAGAAGAGGACGCCCUGUCCGCGGCGCUGGGCCACGUCGCCCUGCUGACACACCACCUACAGUUCUACCUGGGCGUGCCGCUGCCGUACCCAAUCACCUACUGCGGCAGCCGCAGCUACAUCACGGACGACAUCUCCAUCAUCCAGGACUCGACCCGCGACUUCCCGCUGUACAUGCCGCGGGGCGGCUCGGCGGCGCAGUUCCGCUUCGACUACGGGUGGUUCAUCCUCAACAAGGACAUCGAGACGCUCUGCGCCGCCCAGGGGCUCAAGGUCAUGGACAUCCGCCACACCCUGCCGAACCUCAAGUACCUGCUCUACGUCUGCAGCGCGGGCAACGACGAGCUCCCCGAGCGGACCAAGGGCGGCGUCAGGGGCCUGCGCGCGGGCAUCAUGAGGAGCCGCGGGGUAAGCGUGCCCGACGAUGCAGACAGUGUCAUGUCCAGCCGCCGCGGGAGCGUCGACAGCGACCUGCCUGCCGGCGGGCGGUCGGCGGGCGACGAGGCGAGGAGGAAGAUGAAGGAGCUGCGUGGUCAGGCGCCCGGGGAUGACGGCUCGAAGGUGCCUGAGAUCUCUGAUGUCGGCAUGCCUUUCGAGGCGGACUUUGGCAGGCUCACGCUGCGUACUAAAGGUAUGCGCGAGCGUGUCGGGAAGUGA